GGGGUAAUGUUGUACUGUGCAACUACACUGGUGUCAAUGUCGAAUAUUGUGAGUGUGUCUGGGGAAUUAUUCUUGUUGAAGCUACUGGCCGUUUCGUGCAUGCGUACAUCACUUUUCUUGCGUAACUGUUAAAAACAACCGAUCCUUGUUUGCCUCUGCCAAUUGGAGCUGAUCGAAUUGCAAGCGCAAUUAUUGUUCUCAAAGUUACUUGA